AUGAGUGGUGAAGUUGUGUUAGCCGCUAGAGUUUACCGAGACCUUCUCAAAGCAGUGGUGAAACAUGUUGGAAAAGAAGAUCACAAGGCUCAUUUCACAGACUUUGUGAAGCAGGAAUUUCGGAAGAACGCAAACUCAGAGAAAAUCAACCUCGCUCGCAAUUACACAUAUCUUCUUAAUAGCAUUCACUCUCACAAGGAAUUGCUGUUUUCGUACAACAUUGCGGUUGAUAGAACCGAAGAAAUGAAAAGAGUGCUUGGGAAAUCUGCAGCUAGUGUAGGGCUUCGUCUUCCCGAGGUUUACCAGCCUUGA